GAGAGGGAGGGGGGGGAAAAAAAAAAAAAGGCAAAGCUUUGCCUCAUUCCAGUAGGGCUCAGGGCUCCCGGCCAUCUGUCCACCCUUGGAAUCAGAAGACAAAUAGAGGGACCACACUCACUAUAACUGUGCAGAAGGAAAUUGUUCGGAAAGUCUGGCUGAGCUUUGCAUUUGAAGUGCGGGCUUUGAGAGCAGCUCAGCAGGUUGACCAAGUGAAAAAACUAAGAAACUGCUUUCAAGCAUUGAAGAUACCAGGCCAGGAUGAACACGAAGGACACAAAAGUGACUGAAGGAGGUCUCAAUGUCACACUUACCAUACGUCUUCUCAUGCACGGCAAGGAGGUUGGGAGCAUUAUUGGAAAGAAAGGGGAGACAGUUAAGAAGAUGAGGGAGGAGCACAUCUUGAUAUGUUUUUGUUUUCAGUCCCCACCCAAAGGUGCCACCAUUCCCUACCGUCCCAAACCUGCCUCUGCACCUAUCAUUUUUGCAGGUGGCCAGGUAAGAGCAGACACCAUUUUGGCUUCAGCUGGAAACCACACCGUCUUGGCCCAACCUCAGCCAGCGCCUGCGUUUACAAUUCAGGGGCAGUAUGCCAUCCCUCAUCCAGACGUGAGUCCAGCGCAUUUGACCAAGCUUCACCAGUUGGCUAUGCAGCAUCCCCCCUUUACUCCCCUUGGGCAGACCACCCCUGGUUUCCCUGGAUUGGAUGCCACUACUCCAACCAGUUCCCAUGAGCUUACUAUUCCAAAUGAUUUGAUAGGCUGCAUUAUUGGCAGACAAGGCAGUAAGAUAAAUGAAAUCAGGCAGAUGUCAGGAGCGCAGAUCAAGAUUGCUAAUGCCACAGAAGGCUCUGCAGAACGACAAGUUACAAUCACAGGCUCCCCGGCAAACAUCAGCUUAGCACAGUACCUCAUUAAUGCAAGCUUAGAGAUGGCUAAAGUCAGCACCCAGACUGCUUCCGUCACGACCCCUGUUGACCUCAACAUGAACCUCUCUCAGUCUGCCACCCCUACCUCCACCCCCACCUCUAUGGCUGUCUUGGCGGCAGCAGCAGCUGCCUCCGCGGUUAACGUCAGUACCCCUCCCCCUUUACCAACUUUACCAACCACCCACUAUGCCGUUCCUGUCUCCAGUCUGCUUGGCAUGAAAACUGUCCCACUCCUGGCACUAAAUGCCGCGGCCGCUGCGGGGGCCACGGGGAGUUUGUCCGCUUACACUGCCAAAAUUCCAUCGACGAGUGGGGUUAAGAAAUCUGACCGCCAGAAGUUUGCUCCAUAUUGAAGGGAUGAGAAACAAAUGCAAGGUUUUUCGAGCUCUACCAAGAUUCUGUGGUAGAUAAUAGCUAUCAAGGAAACAAUAUGGCAUAUUUUUAUUUUCUGUUAAAUUGCUAGUGUUAACUGUUGCCACCUCAAAUUGUCUUCCACUUUCCAUAACUAUUAACACGCAUGCACGCACACACCCACCCAAAAAAUAGCAACUAGUUCCAACAGCCUCCCUGAUUCUGUUAAACUCUAGUGGGUAAUCAUACUUAGCUAAAGUUUGUCAUGUAACGGGUGUGGUUCCCACAUAAUCUAGAAUGUUUAGCCUAACACAGUUAUUAAUAAAGGGUCCAACACUAGGCUUAGAGUGGAGACAGAUUUUCAUUCUGAGGCGUCACUGCUCUGACAACAAUAAUAGAGAGCUGUAGGCUUAAGUGUUGACACUAAUAAAUGCUGCCCAGUCUAGCCAGAGUACAGGAAAAGACUCCUUCCCAGGGCUACGUUCUGUCCUCAUUUACGCUUGAUGCAUUUCAGUAGGGUUGCAUGGGUGUCAGCAAGGACAGAAUUGGGGCCUUCAAAAAGCGGGGGGAAAAUGAGACCUAAGACUAAAGCUUGUUCGACAAACGUCUUUGGCAUUAGAAAUAGUUAUUAAUUACUGCCUAGCACGUCAGUAUUUAUAUCCGUUUGAAGGGAUCCCUUCAACUGUGAGACUACUUCUCAGUUGAUGUAUCCUUCAAAUUUGACAUUUGUCUUCAUGAACCUUUUGAUAGGCCCACAGCUAGAAAGCACCAUGCGUCUCUGAAAGGAAAUGCCCAUGCAUGCCUGACCUCCAGCGGUCAUUCUGCUAAACUUCACAAAGCAUUGAGACUUGUAUUAAUCUGCUUAACACUUACAUCUUACUAGAUAAUGAAGCUAAAAAGAAUACCAAAUAUUCUUCUAAUACAUACAUGCAUAUAGUCCUGGAGCGCCCUUGUGUAUGAAUCUUGCUGCACUGAGAAACUCUUAACAGAAUGGAAAGAUAGAGAAAAAACAUUAAAGGAAGAAAAAUAUUAAGUGGUAACAUGAGGUAAUUUUAACAAGCUUUUAAAUCUUCUAUGUGCCAUCCUUAUAGCCAUACUAAUGUAUCAGCCAAGCCUCAGUACUCACCUAACCAAUCUGUUUCUAUAGGAUAUUUACAGGGCACAAUGGUUCAUCUUAAUUUAGGAUACUAGUGAAGGAUAAUGUACUUUAAGGAGGACAUUUUCAGGAGGGCAGGCUCCCUUUUGUGUGCACAAUUUGCCCCCAUAUAUUUUGCUCCUGCUUAUGACCUGGAGGUGCAACUCCAAAUACAUGCACCUCUAAGUAUCUAAUUAUGGGUACAAAUCAGAGGGCCAAGUACUCAGAUUUGUGCCCACAGUUUGUUUUGCAGACCCAAAGAUACACUCCCACAGCCAGGCAUCAGCCUGGCUGAAAAUAUACCCCAUGUAAUUUAGGGCCCAGAUCAUCCUCCCACUGAAGUCAAUAAUAAAACACUCAUUGACUUUUUCAUGGGAGCAGGGUCAUACGGCCUUCUUGGCCAGCAUCCAUUGGCUAAGGUUUACUAAGGUUAUUGUACAAAUCCUAAAUACAUUCCAGUUUAAAAGCUUGGCAACUCAUUUCACAGUGUAAGUUAUGGUUAGAAAAUAGGCAUUUAAAAAUUAACUACACGUACAAGCUAUUUCAUAUCAAAUGUUAUUUGAAGGUUGUCACGUUGAUUGGAUGCCAGCCAGCAAACAUAAUUACACACAAGUUUACUAUGAAAGGAAAAAUAAUGGCAAGCAAACUGAAAGUAGCUGGGAGAUGUAUUAGCUGGUUGCUAGCUGUUGGAACUAGUUUUUAAUUGCAUUUUCUGUUUGUCCAUUCACCUUAUUUUUAAUUUACGUUGCAUAGCACUGGCUCAGUAAUGCAAUAUUGUUUUCCUCACAACUUCAAAAUUCAGAAUCCCAUUAGCCUGCCAUGUUCAUCCACUUUGCACUCCUUGGACACAAAGCUUUAACGAAUUGAACUGUAUUCAGUGCAUUUUAAUAUAAACUAAAAACACAGAAUGCAAAUGCAAUACUUUUUAAACCAUGGUAUUUAAAAGUGUGUUGUUAUUGUAUAGGGCUAAGUACUAUUUCAGUAUUCUUUGUCAUUUCUGUAUUUUAUAGGCUUUUCUCCACCUUCGUACCUUUGCGCUAAGUUUUGUCACUGUAACCAUUUGUAGAACUGUCGUUGUUACAGUUUUCACUUAUCAAAAUGGGGAGGCGGGGCUGUUUGUAUAUAAUGAAGGAAAAACUGGAACAAAUGUCAUGGUACCUCAGAUAUUUAACAGCUCUAGAAAACUGCUGUAAAAUUGUUCUGGACUAUUGUAACUGUUUUAAUAACUGAAGUAAAAAAAUGUGAGAAAACUUGACUGCAUUGAAAUGCUGUUCUAUGCUGGUUGUACUCAAGUGUAAUUUUUUUAAUGGUGAGAAGAUUUUUUUUUCUUUUUUUUUCCUUUUUCUCCUCAUUUUUGUUCCUACAUUUUAGGCUGUCUUCAGAAGUUACUGGCCUGGGGGCUCUGUAAUGUAUCUCAUCAUGCCCUAGUACAUUAGCCACCAGACAGGACUUUUCCAAAGCCCCAUGAGACAAUGAUUUCUAUGGACUAAUCUACAGAGGAAUUUCUGCCAUUUCUAACUUUCUUAUUAUUCUGAGACAUCAAAAUAAAUACUUCUUUUACUCUUUAA